AUGGCAGCGGGACCUCGCAGCGAUUUGAUGACAGGUAUUUCGCGAGAACAGUUCCCAGAUUACAGCAUGCAUAGCGGUGUUGGUGGGAUGACUUCAGCAACUUCGACAUCUUCAUUGAAUUAUAUGACUGCACCACGGGUUACAACAAAGAAACGUUCAAAAAGUGUAAAAUUGGAUUCGGAUGAGGACAGUCGUUCAGCGGAUGAUCGAGAAGCCGAUCGACGAUCCGCUAAUAACGCUCGAGAAAGGAUACGGGUGAAGGAUAUAAAUAUGGCGUUUAAAGAGUUGGGCAAGAUGUGCGCGCAGCAUUUGCAGAACAGUGGAGGCGAAAAGGCUCAAACUAAACUUGGGGUACUUCAUCAGGCUGUUGCAGUCAUUACUGGUCUUGAAGAGCAGGUUCGACAAAGGAAUAUGAAUCCAAAAGCUGCAUGUUUGAAAAGAAGGGAAGAAGAAAAAAUUAUGCCUUCGUGA